GUUCCCCGUUCUCCGUUCCCCAUUUCCAAUUCUCCUCGCCAUUGCCUCGACGCGCACCUCAAAGAAACCCCCUCCCGCCAUAUUCAUCCUCCUGCUGGAUUCUGUUUGGUCUCAUCAUUAGCCAGCUAAACAUAUACCCGAACAUCCCGCACUCCCUCCCACAAUCACAAUGACGAGCCUCUCCCGCGUAUUGCGGCCUUUGUCCCGCACCGCUGCGUCCGCCCGCCUUGUCGCGACCAGACCGCCGUUGCGGACCCGAGUUCUUCCUAGCAGUACCCAAGCAUUCUCCACCACGUCCCGCCGGCGGGACGUCGACCUGUCCGGGCUGACGCCGACGCCGAUCACGUUCCUGUCGGAGACGGAGUCGCUGAUGGCGGAGAGCGUGGCCAAGUUCGCACAGGAGCAGAUCAGCCCGAAGGUGCGGGCGAUGGACGAGGCGGAGACGAUGGACGCGGCGGUGGUGGAGCAGCUGUUCGAGCAAGGGCUGAUGAGCGUCGAGGUGCCGGAGGAGUACGGCGGGGCGGGGAUGAACUUCACGGCGGCGAUCGUGGCGAUCGAGGAGCUGGCGCGGGUCGACCCCAGCGUCAGCGUGCUGGUCGACGUGCACAACACUCUGGUCAACACCGCGAUCCUGAAGUACGGCGACGCCCAGGCCCGCCGCACCUGGCUGCCCCGGCUGGCCACCGGCACCGUGGGCUCCUUCUGCCUCUCGGAGCCGGCCUCCGGGUCCGACGCCUUCGCCCUGCAGACCAAGGCUGAGAAGACCCCCGACGGCUACCGGCUCAACGGCUCCAAGAUGUGGAUCACCAACGCCAUGGAGUCCGGCAUCUUCAUCGUCUUCGCCAACCUCGACCCCAGCCAGGGGUACAAGGGCAUCACCGCCUUCAUCGUCGAGAAGGACACCCCGGGCUUCUCGAUCGCCAAGAAGGAGAAGAAACUCGGCAUCCGCGCCAGCAGUACCUGUGUGCUCAAUUUCGAUGAUGUCGUCAUCCCGAAGAGCAACCUCUUGGGCGAGGAGGGUCAGGGAUACAAGUACGCGAUCAGCGUGUUGAAUGAGGGCCGCAUUGGGAUUGCGGCGCAAAUGACCGGCCUGGCGCUGGGCGCGUGGGAAAAUGCUGCUCAGUACGUCUGGAACGACCGCCGCCAGUUCGGCCAGUUGAUCGGCAAUUUCCAGGGCAUGCAGCACCAGCUGGCGCAGGCGUAUACCGAGAUCGCCGCCGCCCGCGCGCUGGUCUACAACGCGGCGCGGAAGAAGGAGGCCGGCCAGGAUUUCGUCCAGGACGCCGCCAUGGCCAAGCUGUACGCCUCGCAGGUCGCCGGGCGCGUGUCCAGCUCCGCGGUCGAGUGGAUGGGCGGGAUGGGCUUCGUGCGCGAGGGCAUCGCCGAGAAGAUGUUCCGCGACAGCAAGAUCGGGGCCAUCUACGAGGGCACGAGCAACAUCCAGCUGCAGACCAUCGCCAAGCUGCUGCAGAAGCAGUACACUCGCUAAGAGUGCAGAGUAUUCAACCUUGUAUGAGGAUGUUUGACAAUUGAGCAUUGGCCGCACUCAGUAGUGCCAGUGCUAACCGCUCAAGUAAUGAACAUAUUCGAACUAGAUAACUACUACGUACUA